AUGGUCGAGUCAGCAAAACAUUAAUUACCAAGAGCUUAGAACGUUGGUAUUCUUGCAAUUGAGAUAUAUUUCCCUUCAACUUUUGUAUCACAAGAAGAAAUGGAGAUAUUUGAUGGAGCCUCAAAGGGAAAAUACACAAUAGGAUUGGGUUAAUUAAACAUGGCAUGCAUUAAUGAUAGAGAAGAUGUGAACUCAAUCUCAUUGACUUGUGUCUAGAGACUAAUGGAUAAGAACUAGAUUAAACCAGCUCGAGUUGGAAGACUAGAAGUAGGAACAGAGACCCUGAUUGAUAAAAGUAAGAGUGUGAAGACCACUUUGAUGCAGUUGUUUGCACCUAGUCGUUCUCACGAUAUUGAAGGAGUCACUUCUAUUAAUGCUUGCUAUGGAUCCACCAACGCAUUAUUUAACACCAUCAACUGGAUGUAAAGCAAUGCCUGGGAUGGCAGACUUGGUAUCGUAGUCUCAUCUGAUGUAGCUGUGUAUGCCAAGGGUUCAGCCAGACCCACUGGAGGUAUAGGUUCAAUAGCCAUGCUUAUUGGACCAAACGCACCAUUAGUGUUUGAUGAUUAAGAAUCACUCCAAAUUAAUAUUCAAAUAGACUCAGAAUAUCCCAUCGUUGAUGGCCAUCUUUCAAUUAACGUGUACUUAAACGCUCUAGAGCAAAGUUACAAGUCUUUGAAAGCCAAGUGCCGACAGAGAUACUCAGGAUGGGAGCCCAAAUAUCAAGACUUUGAUUACUUCUGCUUCCACACUCCUUUCUCUAAGAUGGUUUAAAAAUGCUUCUUUAACUUAGUUUUGCAAGAUAUUCAGGAGUACAAAGAGAAGCAAUUCCCAGCUGAACUGGUUGAACAGAUUAGACAAAACGAUUUCAAGAUGAAUGAUAAAACCUUAAAAAUCCUUAUGCAGGCCUAUGGGGCAGAAUGGAAAGACAAAUGUGAGAGAAGUUUGCUUUUAGCAAAGAAUCUCGGGAACAUCUACACUGGAAGUCUUUAUAAUGGGUUAUUAAGUCUGAUUGGAGAUACAUCGAUCGAUUUGAAGGGAAAGAAAAUCAUGAUGUUUAGCUAUGGGUCAGGAUGCGCUGCAAGCAUGUUCAUGAUCCACGUCAAUGGAGAUUACAAACAUAUCCAAAAAGCCAGUGAAUUCAAGUCAAGACUUGAAAACAGAGUGAAAGUAAGUCCAGAGGAGUUUGACCAGCUCAUGGCUUACAGAGAAAAAACAUUUGGAAAGUGCAACUAUGAACCAUAGGGAUCAAUUGAGUAGCUUUUCGAUGGAACAUUCUAUUUGACAAAGGUUGAUGAAAAAUACAGAAGAUUCUAUGCAGUCAAGGAGGGCCCAAUCAAGAAGCCAUAAGUACUCCAGCCUACUAAUUCAGUCCUGGAAAGUUCAAAGACAGCAAGAAUGCUAAAGACCUUAGAAAAUCACAUUACAGCUUCACAAUAAAAAUAGCAGGAAAUUAUUGACAGUUCAAUUCUUAAAACAUUGACAAAAAUUUACCCAGACCUAAAUACAAAAAUGCUACAGGAAGGAGGACUAUCAACUGAAACUGCAGAUUACAUGAUAGAGAAUUGUAUCGGUAUAUUACCUCUGCCUUUGGGGCUUGGUAUAGGCUUUAAAGUUAAUGGUAAAAACCUAGUUGUGCCUAUGGCACUUGAAGAACCUUCAGUUAUAGCUGCAUGUAGUGCAAUUGCUAAGAUAAUUGCUGAGAAAGGCUCAGGAUUCAUUUGCUAAUCUACUCCACCAGUAAUGAUUGCAUAGAUAUAAAUAACUGAAAUCAAAGAUUACUAAGAUGCUGUUUAUAAAAUUAAGAUAAAUAAGAAGGAAAUAAUACAGCAUGCAAAUAUCUAUUGCGAAAACAUGGUUAAAAGGGGUGGUGGUGUAGAAGAUAUUAGAGUAAGGAAGCUUGAUUAAGAGAUGUUAGUUGUAGAAUUAUUGGUCAAUGUGCAAGAGAGCAUGGGAGCUAACGUAAUCAAUACAAUUGCUGAGAACACAUCACCUUUUAUUCAAUAAUUGCUAGGAUAAGGAAGAGUUGCUAUUAGAAUCCUCAGUAAUCUUUGCACAGAGAGAUUGACGAUGGCUGAGUUUAAGGUACCUAUUAAGAAUAUGGCAUGGAAGAAAAGUGAAGGCUAAGAAGUAGUUGAAAAAAUCAUAGAAGCUUAAAGAUUCGCAGAGCUAGAUUAGCACAGAGCCACAACACAUAACAAAGGUAUAAUGAAUGGAAUAGAUGCUGUAGCUAUCGCAAUGGGUUAAGACUGGAGAGCUAUUGAAGCAGCUGCUCAUUCAUAUGCAAGUAUAGGAGGCCGAUACAUGCCUUUAACUAGAUACUCGAUUCAGGGUGAAUACUUUCAUGGUAGAUUGGAAUUACCAAUAUCUGUAGGAACUAAGGGAGGAGCGAUUGAGACAAACCCAUCAUAUAUCAAUACUCAUUAAAUACUAGGAUACCCUUCCUCAUAAGACCUGGCUUAAAUUAUGAUUUCAGUUGGACUGGCCUAAAACUUAGCUGCACUAAGGGCAUUAAGCAUAGAAGGUAUAUAAAGAGGCCAUAUGAAUUUGCAUGCUAGAAACGUGGCAAUUUCUGCAGGAGUUCCCACAGAUUUAGUCAACGAUACUCUUUUUAAAGCACAUUAGAAAAUAGGCCAAGCAAAAGAUCUCAGUACAUUUUACGUUGAAAUUAGAGAGGAUUUCCUUCCUGAGCCACUAAUAAUCACUAUUCUAUUAGAUUGCAAAACAUAGAAGACCUAUCAUUUAAGUCUUGAAAAUGACCCAAAACUCUCAGAAUCAGAAACUAAGCUAAACACACUCUUAUUUGGAUGGAAUAAGGGUGUAUAAUGGAUGACAUAAUUCCUUGGCCUGUUAAAAUCAAUCAGCUUCACUAAAAAGAUACCUAUUAAAUAGGAUUUAAUCCUGACUCAAUACAGAAUAAAACUACUUACAAUUCUGGCUAAUCUCCUACUCUCAAAACUUAUGGAGUACGAGCCAGAGUAGACCUAAAAAUUCGUAGAAAUAAUGAUAGAUCAAUUAUAAUAAGACAUUCCUAGAGAAGAGGCUCACAAAAUAAUUAAAAGUCACAUCCCAUCUUCAUAAAACGAAAACAGCAUUUAAAAUCUAGUUAUUCCAGUAGGGUACUCUCUUUUGCAAGAGAUCACAUUUAAUCUGAUUGUCUACUUAAAUGCGGAUGUUAACAAUUCCAUCUUAAAGUAGGAAAUCUAUGAUGAGUUCAUAUCAAUUCUUCAGUCGCUAAUAAGUUCCAGAGAUAUAUACAUAAAGGCAUAGUCUACCGUAAAAAAUGGACAAAAACUAAGCUAAGAAGAUCUCUACUUUUAUAUGAAUAUCAAGAGAAAGAAAAUGAACAAUAAAAUGAUAGUACUGGCAGAUUGUAUCGGAUUAGAGGAUAACACUCCUGAGGAGUUAAUUGAAUAUAUAUCAAAUAUGGGUAAAAUUUAUGAGAUUAGAGCUAUUGCUUAUAAAUCUUUAGUCUCCUCCAGUUAUUUUGACAAUCUUUACAAUUACUGGCACAUGUAUCAAAAUGGCAAAGAGGAUAUUAUUUCAAGCAAUAAUGUUGCUACUAAGACAGAAUUUCUGAACUUCAUUAACUCACAUUGUGAUAAGCUUUUGACAAAGUAUAAACUGAGAGAUAGUUAGUACUUCGAUCAACAAUACUACGACGAGAUUAUGAAGUAUAUUGAGAGAUAUUAUAAGUUAGAUCCAAAACUAGAGUUAAUGAAUGAAAGAUAAAAAGUAAAGGCUAAGCUUUGA